GGUUCGGCAUCCUAUUGGACAGAGCAGAGGUCCAUCAUGUGAGUGUGACGUCGCCGUGUUCUGCUGGUCAGGUGAGUGUGUACGAGCGCUCCGCUUGCGGAACCCAGUUGUUCGGUCUGCAAACACACUCGGGGUGUGUGUGUGUAUAUAGAUGCAUGUGGGGGUGCGUUGUGCACUUUUUCACGAGGCCCCCGCCGCCAUGUGGACCGGCGUAGUCGUGUUUGUGGUGCUUUUUCCGGUAUUGCAGGGAAAGCCCUUUGCCAGCGUUCCGGACUUCGGGAAGCUGUACCAUGUGAAAGGUGUGAUUUCGCUGCCGUACGCGGAGAUCAGCGAGCCGCUGGAAGCCUGGUACGACCUCAAGGGGCUCCGGAGCCGCAUCGACUACUACCAUGGUCAAGUGUCCACCUACCAGCUGGGCCUGGACAACGACUGGGGUUCAAGCUACAAGAUCACCCCGGAGACGACGGAAACCGAAGUGAACGUCAUGAAGUGCUUCCAGCUCAACGGCACCCAGAAGGAUCCUGUGAAGCCCCAGGGAGCCGUACCCAGCGUGGAGGGCUUUCAGUUCAUCCGGAAGGAGUACUUUGCUGGGCGCCUCUGUGAGGUCUGGCAGAACGUGACCGUGGACGGCCACAAGAAGAACACCUACACACUGUGGGUGACCCGCUUGGAGGGCGAGGAGGGGCUUGCCGCCCCCUGGCACUACGAGAUGAUGGGCUACAACACGCUGCUGGGGUCUCACUACGACAAGUACAUCGUGGAUUACCAGGUCUUCGACUCUCGGGUCAACCCUCAUAUCUUCGCCCUGCCGGAAGGUAUGACCUGUGGCUCCUUCCCUGGUCCAGGGGCAGAGCAUCAUCUCCUGGCCAAUCCCAUCCAGGACCUGGUGGACACCUCCCCUCGGGGGCAUGCCCAUCGGCUCUUUGGACACUUCAAGGAGAAGCACCAGCGUCGCUAUGACAACGAGAGGGAACAUGAGAAGCGGGAGCACUUCUUUGUGCACAAUGUCCGCUUUGUUCACUCCAUGAACCGGGCUGGACUCUCGUACCGCCUGGCUCUGAACCACCUGUCGGACAGCACCCCCGCCGAGCUCGCCACCAUGAGGGGCCGCAAGGGAGCCAAGACCCCCAACAAGGGGCGCCCUUUUCCGCAGAAGCUGUAUGCCAACGUUCGGGUCCCGGACUCCUUGGAUUGGAGGCUCUAUGGGGCUGUGACUCCUGUGAAAGACCAGGCCAUCUGUGGGUCCUGCUGGAGUUUUGCCACCACCGGGUCAAUAGAGGGCGCCCUCUUUUUAAAGACAGGCUCCUUGGUGGUCCUCUCCCAGCAGAUGCUGGUAGACUGCACUUGGGGCUUUGGCAACAACGGCUGUGACGGAGGUGAGGAGUGGCGGGCCUACGAGUGGGUGAUGAAGCAUGGCGGCAUCGCCACAGCCGAGAGCUACGGUGCCUACAUGGGCAUGAAUGGGUUCUGCCACUACAACCAGUCGGAGAUGACCGCUCGCGUUGAGAGCUACACCAACGUGACUUCUGGAGACGCAGAUGCCCUGAAGGUGGCGCUCUUCAAGCGGGGUCCUGUGGCUGUCAAUAUUGACGCCAGUCACCGUUCCUUUGUCUUCUACAGCAGCGGAGUCUACUAUGAGCCUACCUGCGGGAACCGGACGGAGGACCUGGACCACGCGGUGCUCGCUGUAGGCUAUGGUGUUCUGAACGGGGAGCCCUACUGGCUUGUGAAGAACUCGUGGUCCACCUACUGGGGCAACGAUGGAUACGUUCUCAUGUCUCAGAGGGACAAUAACUGUGGAGUGGCCACUGAUGCGACUUACAUCACCUUGGCUUAACCGGGGCUGGAUGGGGAGGCUGCCCUGAUGCCAAGGUUACUUUUAAAAGUCUGCAUGUCGCUGGAGAAGCUGGAGAAGAGGAAAUGUCAGCCAGGCUCAUAGUUCUAAAUUACCACUGGCUUCCACUUUGCACCGUGUCUCAUGCGACUGCUUCUGUGAUUGCCUUAAGCUCAAAUACUUCUUUAAAU